AUGUCAUCGUUAUAUGAAUUGACGUAUGCGAUUUGGUUUCGAUUCUGUGCCCGUUGCUUCACCGUUGACUGCACAGAUUCUCCUGCCUUCGGUUCCUGUCUUCUACCAUUUGGUGGAGCUCAACAGCCAACCGCAUUCUUGCUAGCCCGUUUCGGUUUUGCUCGUUGGUAUGUGCGAUUCACGAACUUGUGUACCUACGGAAUUCUUCGACUUUGGUCUGAGAAUAUGGUUCUGAUUUCACAAGCAACAGAAAGAAAACACAACAGGGAACCUGACGCAUAA